GAUCUAAUCUUAUCUCGACUCUCUCUCACUAUCGAUUGCGGCCAAUUUAUCUCGAGUCACUUCUAGGACGUACCAGUCGAUGAGCGCUGCUAAUCCCACACUGCUCCCUGAAGCAAUGUCCUCCGACCCUACUGCUCCCCCUUCGGUGCACGACCUGGCCAAAACAUUAACCGACACUUCCUUAGCAGAAUCCACAGCGAACCCGACGACAACUGUACCGGCUCCCUCUCUCGAUGCUGCAGCAGUCACAUCAGCGCCGGCGGAUGCUUCGUCGCACGACCAAGUUGUCACACCCUGGGACGUGCAAGGAUCUGUGUCAAAUGAUGGAAAGCAGCAGGCAAUUGAUUAUGAAAAACUCAUUGUGCAAUUUGGUACUCGGCGUAUCGAUGAAUCUUUACUGCAGCGGUUCGAGAAGUUGACUGGGAGAAAACCACAUGUUUUGUUGAGGAGAGGGAUGUUCUUUUCACAUCGUGAAUUCGACAAAAUUUUGGAUCGAUAUGAGCAAGGCAAACCAUUCUUCUUGUACACUGGAAGAGGCCCCAGCAGCGAUAGCAUGCACUUGGGCCAUAUGAUCCCUUUCGUUUUCACCAAAUGGCUGCAGGAUGUUUUCGACGUUCCAUUGGUCAUCCAAUUAACGGAUGACGAAAAGUUCCUAUUCAAACACGAACUCAAAGUGGAACAAACCAAAGCUUUUGGGCGCAUGAACGCACGCGAUAUCAUUGCCGUCGGGGUCAAUCCUGAUAAGACCUUCAUCUUUAGUGACUAUGACUAUGUAUCUGGACCUUUCUACGAAAAUGUUUCCAAGAUAUCUCGUCAAAUCACAUAUAGUCAGGCGAAAGCUACGUUUGGAUUCAAUGACUCUGAUAAUAUCGGCAAAAUACACUUUGCUUCAAUCCAAGCAGCACCCUCAUUCUCCAAUUCGUUCCCUCAAAUCUUUGGUUCUGUGUCAAACAUUACCUGCCUCAUCCCCUGCGCAAUCGACCAGGAUCCUUACUUUCGUCUGACCAGAGACGUCGCUCAAAAACUCAAAUAUCCCAAGCCCGCGUUAAUCCACUCGAAAUUCUUCCCUGCACUGCAGGGCCCGCAAACGAAGAUGAGCGCGAGCGAUCCCAAUAGCAGUAUUUAUAUGACGGAUAAGCCUGCGCAGAUAAAGAAUAAGAUCAACAAACAUGGAUUUUCUGGAGGGCAGGAGACGGAAGAGGAGCAUCGGAGGCUUGGAGGAGAUACGGAGGUAGAUGUUGCAUAUCAAUAUCUGACAUUCUUCCUGGAAGAUGACGAGGAGCUAGCUAAUUUGGGAGAGGAGUACCGCGCAGGACGUCUCCUGACGGGCCAGCUGAAAGCUAAAUGCAUCCAGCUGCUACAACAGUUCGUUUCCGACUUUCAGGAGCGCCGAGCUAAGGUCACAGACGAGCAAAUUGAUAUGUUCAUGGACAAGAACCGGAAGAUUGUGCCAACUAUGAGCAAAGCACAAACACCGCCGGCAUAGUCGAACACUAGUCACAAUAACUGUAUAGAUACUAAAGAUCGGUAUUGGAAAUUGAAGCGACCUUCAUCUAAG